AUGCGAGGUGCAUUCCUGAUACCUUACUUCUUGAGUCUGGCCUUUGCCGGGAUGCCCAUGUUCUUUAUGGAGGUCAACUUUGGCCAGUACUGCAGUUUGGGUAUACUGACCUGCUGGCGAGCAUUUCCCAUCUUAAAAGGCCUGAGUUACGGACAAUUCCUCGUGGGCUUCUAUGCGACCGUCGCCUACGGAGUUGUCAUCACCUACACGGUCUAUUAUUUCUUCAUCUCCUUCACGUCCUCACUGCCUUGGGUUGGCUGCGGGCAACCCUGGAACACUCCGAUGUGCAGCGACAUCGUUAUGGACUGCUUCCAAGCUGGAGGGGUGAUCACAUUUGACAAUGAGUGUGUGCCGUUGACGAACUUGACAGAGUUCGAAUUGGAUGAUUUGAACAUCACCGUUUCUGGUCCAGGGAACUUCAGCCUGGCAAACUACAUUGAUCCGUGGAAAGCAAUGCGCAAGUCUCCCAGCGAAGAAUAUUGGAUGUAUGUCUGCAAUGAGUUUUGGUUGGUGCCGUCUGGUUGCGUCGCCUGGAAGCAAGUUUGGUUGGAUGCAGUGGUGCAGAUCUUCUAUUCGCUUUCCAUUGCUGUGGGUGGUAUGCAAACACUGGCGUCUUACAACAAGUUCCAUAACAACACAUACAGGGAUAUGAUGAUUGUCACCAUUCUGAACUCGGCCACCAGUAUCUUGGCAGGAUUUGUCAUCUUCUCCAUCCUUGGAUACAUGGCCCACGUCCAGGGUAAAGACGUCUCUGAGGUUGUCAGGCAAGGGUUUGGCCUGGCGUUUGUCGCCUACCCAGAGGCAGUAGCCAGAAUGCCGGCUGCUCCUUUCUGGUCGGUUCUGUUCUUCUUCAUGCUCAUUACAUUGGGUCUGGAUAGCCAGUUUGUAAAUCUUGAAAGGUUGGCUACGAGCUUAGUGGACGAAUACCCCAGGCUCUUUCCACCUCGGCGCAAGAGCUUUGUCACCCUGGGAAUCUGUGUGGUGAUGGUUCUGUGUAGUUUGCUCUGCAUAACUGAAGCCGGACCCUACUGGACGUCACUCCUGGACAAUUACGGAACAAACUUUGCGAUGCUGCUCUUCGCGUUCCUCAUCACCGGUGGCCUGAGCUGGGGCUACGGCAUUCGACGCUUCAUUAACGACAUCCGCACCAUGAUUGGGGACCGGUACGUGGACACGCUGUACUUCAAGUGGUGGCCGCUGAACUGGGUGGUCCUGACUCCGCUGUCCAUGGGGGUUAUUUUGGUGUUCAACUGGGCGACCUGGACCGAGCCCGAGUACAACGGACCGUACCCGCCCUGGGCCAGAGCUCUCGGCUGGAUGAUGAUGAUCACCACGCUCAUUGGUAUCCCCGGACAUGUGGUCUUUGAGCUUCUCAGAAGGAAGGGCAGCUUCAUGGAGCGCUUCCGUAUCAUCACCUCUCCCACGGACUCCUGGGGGCCGGCCCUGAUCCAGCAUCGACAGGAGGCGGUGGAAGUUCACCGCCGGCAUGGCACCACCAUGGGGGGAGUGGUGUGCUCGGCCGAAGUCGAUGUCAACCCUAGGAUCUCCAAGUAUGCUGUCGUCAGCGAGGAUGAGAUGGAAGCGACAGUUUGAGCAACCACAAACAAGUCCGUUCAUGAUUUAUCAGGGUUAAAUGGGAUAUUGAGAAAUUGAAACAGAGUGAAGGAACACCGAAUAACUUGCGUUUCUGAAAAUAUGGUGGCUGGCUCUCUCAAGAAAGAGUUUCAAAACAUUCCAACACCUACUUCACAGAUAUACUCCAACAUAUUGUAAUCAAAUAGUAGACGAGGCUUAGCUGCACUUUAUAUAAAGAUGGAUGAUAAUGAAUCAGAAAGUACCGU